UCGUCGAGGAGAGCGAGCCUGCGUACGUCCUCCGCUACCCUCGGGCCGUCCGGCGCGCCCACCCGUACGUGGCCGUGGAUCGGAUGGACGAUCAUCUGGCGGUGCUGGCGCGCGGCGAGGGGUGGACGGAGGAGCGGCACGCGGCGUUCCUCAACGGCGUGGAGCGCUCCUUCGUGCAGGAGGUCCUCGUGGGCGCCGCCGGCGUCAGCGAGGAGCGGCGGGCGUCGCGCAGGCUCUGCCACCGGGGGCCGCCGCCCGCCGGCGGCCGCGGCCAGCUCCCGCUGGAUCGCCCCCUCCCCGAUAGCGCCGUGGAGUCCAACCGCCGGGGACCCUCCCGGCCUGCAGCCCGCGACGCAAAAUGACGCAGGUUGCGUCCCAUGAAUCUGAAGUUAACAAGCUAGCUAGAGUGAUAAGUUUCCUUCUAGGAUCGUAGCCUCCAAAGUCCAAAGUUGUAUGCGUCGUAGUGGAAGUGGUGUUUUCCAGAUCUGUGCAGUCA